ACGACUGCAUCGCCAGAAGCCAACCAGCAGUCGACUCGUGGACAUCGAAACGCAGGCACCAUCUCACAUACUGUCACAUCGCGCACUUGUUAAAAAAAAACGACUCACCGACUGCAACACUGGCUUAUCUAUAUCGAGGUAAGAUGGAUUUGGUGGCUAUGGAGAACCUGCCAUUGGAAAGCCGACAAUCGUUCUCCUUUACGGACCUUGACGAGAACACGUAUGAAGCACUUGCAGCAUCCUACGAGAGAAGACAUCCCGACCAAGAAAACAUGAAACGACGUAGGAAAAAGAAAUGCCAAGUGCAGCAGGUGCAACAGCGACAAGCAGCCAACCAAAGAGAAAGAAAACGAAUGCAGUCUAUUAACGAGGCUUUUGAGGGACUCCGAUCACAUAUUCCGACUCUUCCAUAUGAAAAAAGACUGUCAAAAGUGGACACUUUGAGACUAGCUAUCGGAUACAUAGGAUUCCUAUCAGAACUUGUGUCAACAGGAGGCGAUAAUGUGAACGACCCACUACAGUCGAAUUGUUUAGAGCAACCCAAGAAAAUCAUCAUUUGCCAUCGAGGUUCACCGUCACCCACAGAUAUGGAAUAUGGUCUACCGCCACUCGCUGGGCAUUCACUGUCCUGGACCGAUGAGAAGAACAAGUCACUGCGACACAACAACACCAUGAUAGCUAAAGUGUGGACACCCGAAGAUCCGAGACAGGGCAAGUUGGAUCGCUGUCCGCGAGAAACGCUCGUCGUCUGACGAUAUAUCUCCACGGGGGAGAAAAAUCGGUUGAGGGGUUGAAAGAACGAUAGAUAGAAGAAACGGACUUCUAAUCAAAGCACUUGAAAUGAUAUCGCAUGGUCUUUCAUUUGCUAACCACCGAUACUGUCGAGUAUUGUCGAGCAUCAAGCAAGGGUGUGCUAGAAACAAACGAUAGUUAAAACUUAUUCUGCCUAUUCCUGCCUACAUCCUCGGACAAGACCAGCUCCAGCUUGAAACAUCAUCAUCACACCGUCAACAAUUAAAACAAACAAACAAACAAACAAACGAACAACAACAAUACUAACUUAUAUUUCAAUUUAGGCACAGAAUAUUUGCUUUUAGCACCAAAAACACCAAAUGAUUGAAAAUCGUAAGAUUGCUGAUUUGUGGGAUGUCCCACGCACCACUGAUACAACAACUCAAUUGUUUUAAUUCAAAUUAUCGUAGAUUUAAUUUUCACGCUCAAGCAACUCUUGAUUGUUUAUGUAUGUAUAUCAUACGUUUAGCUGUGGCAUUGCAAUAAGUAGAUUAGAUUUGAAAUAUGAAGUUGUGUCAUUCUCAUAACCUACAAAGAGAUACCAACUCGUUUGUACAGUAUUUUUUAAAAGCGUUUUCUGUAUAGGCUUCUCUUGCGUGAAGCCAGAGUUUUGUUUUUUUAUAAAACAAUAAUAUAUUAAAUUAUAUUAAGAAUCGAA